AUGCCGUCGGAGCAGGACGACGCGACGGCGCGCUUCCUGGCCAAGUACGGCGUGGCCAAGCUGGCCGAGCAGUGGGGCCUGGCGCCGGAGGUGAGCCGCUCGCUGGCCGCGCUGAGCAUCCGCUCGUUCUUCCCCGUGCAGGCCGUGGCCAUCCCCAAGAUCCUGGCCAGCGACAGCGACCGCGUGACGGACAUCUGCAUCUCGGCCCCCACGGGCAGCGGCAAGACGCUGACGUACGUGGUGCCCAUCGUGCAGCGACUGCUGCCGCGCGUCGUGUGCCGCGUGCGUGCGCUCAUCGUGCUGCCCAGUCGCGACCUGGCCGUGCAGGUGCACCAGAUCGUGCAGCAGUUCGUCAAGGGCACGCCGCUCAAGUGCGGGCUGGCCAUCGGCCAGAGCAACUUCGCGGUGGAGCAGAGCGCCCUGGUUGGGGACGUUUCAGGUGAAAAGGUGUCCUCGACAACAGAUGGAGGUCGCAGCUUGGUGGACAUCCUGGUGGCCACGCCGGGCCGUCUCGUGGACCACCUGGAGCAGACGCCCGGCUUCACGCUGCAGCACCUGCAGAUCAUGAUCGUCGACGAGGCCGACAGACUGCUGAACCAGUCGUACCAGGACUGGAUCCCUAAGGUCUACGCCAGUGUCUUCAAUGGCCAAGAGGUGGACGAGGAGGGCCUGGCCUUGGGGGUCGGAGUCACAUGUCGGCGCCAGGACUCCAUCAACCGACGCCGUAUCCGCACUCCGCUGACGAGGGUGCUGCUGUCUGCUACGCUUACGCGUAAUCCGCGCAAGCUGGCGGCUAUUGGCAUGAGCAAUGCAGAGCUGACGAAGAUCGGACGCAUUGAUGACCCGCUGGCUGAUAACGCCAAGCAGGGCACGGCCGGCGACUCGGACGAUGACGACGAAGAUGGAGAGGAGGCCUCCGGAUCGGCCAAGAUGUACUCGACCCCGACGAAUCUGGAGGAGUAUUGGAUCGAGUGUGACACGGGCUCCAAGCCGCUGGUGCUGUUGGAGCUGCUGAGCGAGUUUGCCGGUGCACUGUCGAUUGUUUUCACGGCGAGUGUGAACUCCACGCAUCGUCUUGCGCGACUGCUGCAACUGUACUCGACCCACCCGGAGCGCAUUCGCGAGUUUUCUAGUAGCCUUUCGCAGAAGCAGAGAUCGGCCUUGGUGGCGGAUUUUAAGGCUGGACGUGUGGAGACCGUGGUGUGUUCAGAUGCUAUGGCGCGUGGUAUGGAUAUCGAGGAUGUCGCGAACGUCGUCAACUACGAUGUGCCGUCGUUCAUUAAGACGUACAUCCAUCGUGUGGGUCGUACGGCUCGUGCUGGUCGUCACGGUCGCUGUGUGACUCUAGUGAAGAUGGGUCAGAUGAAGGGCAUGAUGCGUAUGCUGAAGAAGGCCGACAACAACAAGCUGAAGCCGUACCCGCUGCAGCAGGAACACAUGAAGACGCUGGUACCACGCUAUACAGAGGCUCUUCAACGCCUCAAGGACACUCUUGAAGCAGAAAAGGCUGGCAAGCUGCAGGCCACCUCCAUCCUCCACAAAACGAAGGAGGAAAACGAGGAGGUCACCAGUGCCGACAAGAAGCGAGCGUUCUCGGUGCUGAACGGUCAGCUUGAACGGAAUUUGGGAAGCAGAAAGGUUUGCAAGCAAUGA